AUGCAACGAUACUUCUCGACAUCGGUGACAAGGGCGUGCUGGCUGGGGGACCAGCGCGUCGCAUCUAGAGUCCCUCGACUCGUGUCCAAAGACCCGUCAAAAGCUUCGUCUUUGCAGCCUAGAACGUUGUCGCAUCACUUUGCUCAACCUGGCCUCGCCUCGUCCGAAACAUGCACUUCUCGACGCAGCAUAUCCGAAGCAUUCGGUUUGCUUGCCGGGUCAACAGCUUCAUCCCGUACUGGUCUACGCAGGCGGAACAUCUCGACCUGGUCUCAUCCAUCGCGAUCUUUCUCGUCCACCAGCUCAAACCGUGACCUUAAACAAGAUACGAAGGACAAGCUAGUGGAAGAAGGCAAGAAGUUCGCCAAGGACAAGCUCGACUCGAAAUUGAAUGCGACAGAAACCAGAGAGCAGGCCAAAAAUCUCUCUUCUUCCGUCAGCAAGAUUCUCUUCACCUUGCUAGCCGUUGCAGGCGUAGCAUACCAGUUUGUGGGCGGAAAGACACAUGCUGAAGAAGCAUGCACCAGCCUUAAACCAGCUCCUAAGUACACAAAGCAUCAAGUGUCGCUGUUGUGUCUCGUCGGGCCGUCGCUCUCCGGUAAAAGUACGCAAGCCAAGCGCCUAAGCAACCAUUUCCCUGAGCUGGACGCGGUUGUUCAACCCAAAUCGAUCGAUGAAUUGUCAAGUAUCAUCGCCUCUCGAGCGACCGGCAAGAAACGCACAUCUCUCAUACUGGAUGACUUCCCAACGACGCUAGAAGAUGCGCAAAGAAUCGAGGACGAGAUCGUCCCCAUCUUUUGUUUUUCCUUCUACGAUCUUCCGCUGGGGGAUUUUGAGAAGCGUCUAUCGGAGAAAGACGAAAAGAAGAAGAGGGAAAAAGUAGAUGAGUUCAACAAGUAUUCAGAGAGACUGGAGCCGCUGGUGAAGAAGUACAGACACCAGGGAAACAUCUACGAGAUAAGCGCGGACUGGAACAGCGCGGACGAGGUGUGGGAACAGGUCGAGGCUAAGACGCAGCAAAUUUUGGAGCUGAGAGAGAGAGGUGAUCUAUGA